AUGUAUGUGAAAGUAUCCGAUCCAUUGAGCGUGGACAUUAAAUCCGCUCAUCUGUCUUCGCUGAAACUCGAAUACGACGAAUGCAACGAAACAAGAUCCUUGAAACGAACGGAUAACGAGGAUAACACUCGAAAGGAAACGUCUGUUUUCUUUGUAGAUCGUUUCAAAAAUGAAACGACUACAUUGAAUAUCAAAGGGUCAUCAAAAAAGAAAAUAAAUAAGAAUGUUGAAUGUGAUCAUUGUCAGCGAAAAUUCCUGAAGAAGAGUAACUUGAUAGAACAUUUGAAACAACAUAAACAUAAAUGUACCGAUUGUUCGAAGACGUUUAGCCUUCGACGUUAUUUAAUCUCUCAUACUGAGAGGAUUCACCGUCGUCAGAUUUACGAGUGUAGCGUUUGCGAAUACAAAAGUAAUAACAAAGGUACAUUGAAGAAUCAUUAUAUUCGUCUACAUACCAACAGUUAUGAUUAUUCUUGCGAUACUUGUGGCAAACAGUUCAAGAUCAAAAAGGCUUUGAAUCAUCACGUUAAACAGAAUCACAGUGGUGCACCACCUAUCGUAUGCGACGUUUGUGGACACUUUAGCAAGAACCUUCAUGCGUUGAAAGCUCACAUGAAGUACAGACAUUAUAAACCUGAGUUCGUGUGUCGUAUUUGUAGACGUGGCAUGACGACUCGUGAAAAUCUUGAACAACAUUUAGCUUGGCACGAGAACAGAGAAAAGGUUCUUUGUCCCACAUGUGGAAAAAGAUUCCGAGGUCGUGAUCUUGAUUCCCACAUGCGAAUACACACUGGUGUCAAGCCCUUUCCCUGUCCAGUUUGUGGUAAAUCCUUUAGAAGGCAAACUGCUCAAGAACAACACGUUCUUAUACACACCGGAAAGAGACCAUACAUUUGUGAUAUUUGUGGACAGGCCUUUGCACAAAAACCAGGCCUAAUUUGUCAUAGAAAAAGACAUCCUGGUCCUUUGCCACCUCUACCAGUAGUGUCUGUUAAAAGUAUAGUUACUGAGUUUACCAGGGAAUAUACAACAAAAAAUACGAUAAAGAUAGAAUGA